AUGAAGAUGGCGGCUCCCACCGCCAGCAAGGCAGCCUCUCUGGGCUGUAACAACAAGCCUACGUUCCCGGAGCUGGAUUUCAGGUCGGGAGCUCGGGUGGAGGAAUUGAACAAACUCAUCCAAGAAUUUACGAAGCACGACCAGCGGGAAUACGACGACCAGAGAGCGCUAGAGAUUCACACAGCCAAGGAUUUCAUCUUUUCCAUGCUGGGGAUGGUGCAAAAGCUGGACCAAAAACUUCCUGUGGCCAAUGAGUACCUGUUGCUCUCCGGUGGAGUCCGGGAAGGCGUGGUGGAUCUGGACUUAGAUGAGCUCAAUGUCUAUGCCCGGGGGACUGACUAUGAUAUGGACUUUACCCUUUUGGUGCCAGCACUUAAGCUGCAUGACCGCAAUCAGCCUGUGACUCUUGAUAUGCGUCACUCAGCCUUGUGCCACUCCUGGCUGAGCCUUCGGCUCUUUGAUGAGGGGACAAUCAGUAAGUGGAAGGACUGCUGCACCAUUGUAGAUCACAUUAAUGGUGCCACCAACUACUUCUUCUCCCCUACCAAAGUGGCCGACUGGUUCUAUGACUCCAUCAGCAUUGUCCUAUCAGAGAUACAGAAGAAACCCCAGCGGGGGAUGCCAAAAGUGGAAAAGGUAGAAAAAAACGGGACCAUCAUCUCCAUCAUUCUGGGUGUAGGAAGCAGUCGCAUGUUGUAUGAUAUUGUCCCCGUGGUAUCUUUCAAAGGUUGGCCUGCAGUGGCCCAGAGCUGGCUCAUGGAGAACCACUUUUGGGAUGGGAAGAUUACUGAGGAAGAGGUCAUCAGUGGGUUUUACUUGGUGCCUGCUUGCUCCUACAAGGGUAAGAAGGACAAUGAAUGGCGGCUGUCCUUUGCCAGGAGCGAGGUGCAGCUGAAGAAGUGCAUCUCCAGCAGCCUCAUGCAGGCCUACCAGGCCUGCAAAGCCAUCAUCAUUAAACUCCUGUCCCGGCCCAAGGCUAUCAGCCCCUAUCACCUGCGGAGCAUGAUGCUCUGGGCCUGCGACAGACUUCCCGCCAACUACUUGGCUCAAGAAGACUAUGCAGCCCACUUUUUGCUGGGCCUCAUCGAUGACCUGCAACACUGUCUGGUCAACAAGAUGUGCCCCAAUUAUUUCAUCCCUCAGUGCAACAUGCUGGAACACCUGUCGGAGGAGACGGUCAUGCUCCACGCCCGCAAACUCUCCUCUGUGCGCUCAGACCCGGCGGAGCACUUGCGCACCACCAUCGAGCACGUGAAGGCGGCCAACCGGCUGACGCUGGAGCUGCAGAGGCGAGGCAGCGCCACCAGCAUCCCCUCCCCGCAGUCCGACGGAGGCGACCCCAACCAGCCUGAUGACCGUUUGGCCAAAAAACUGCAGCAGCUGGUGACUGAGAACCCGGGGAAGUCCAUCUCUGUGUUUAUCAACCCUGAUGAUGUCACGAGGCCCCAUUUCAGAAUCGAUGAUAAAUUUUUCUGAGUAUUUUGCUGACAUUUUCCCCCCCCUGGUUCUAAAACUCUCAUAAUGUAUAGUGUGGUUUG